AUGAUCAGUAGGCUACCUAUUUCUUCUACGACCGUCACAUAUCUCGAGGACCACAAUGCGACCAUCGCCUCCCUCCGCGACGCUCUCACCGAACAUAGUUUCACCCACUUCGCCUGCCACGCACAACAGAACGUGAAGCAAGCCCUCGAGAGUGCAUUUCUCAUGCAUGAUGGGAAGCUCUCCUUGGCCAUUCUCUCUCAAACGUCUCUCCCGAACGCCGACUUCGCCAUGCUACUCGCAUGCGAGUCAGCCCGAGGCGCGGUCAAUGUCUCCAACGAGUUCAUCCACCUUGCGGCUGGCCUGCUGGUCGUAGGCUUCCGCAGUGUGAUUGGUACAAUGUGGAGUAUUAUUGAUUCAGACGGACCGGAUGUUGCACGAGUGGUCUAUGAAUAUCUUUUCAGAGCAGGUAUGGAUGUUAAACCAGAUUCGAGUGAGGCAGCGUUGGCUCUGCAUCGUGCGGUGUUGUACCUCCGCGAUGAAAAGAAGGUGCCCCCUAGUCGCUGGCUACCGUUCGUGCACUUUGGGGUGUAG